UGUGCUCUAUCUAGUUGACAGUCGGAAUUGUUACAGGAACUAUUGUGCUGGUAAAUUCAAUUGUUUUAACAGAUAAUACCGUCCGUACGUUAUUAAUUUAAGACUUGUUUAAUUUCGCAGUCAUGACUGAAACCGGCUGCUGCGCAAUCUGCCUCGAACCCACAGAGCACAAAUGUUCCAACUGUCAGUCAGUGCACUAUUGCUCGAGAGAUCAUCAGAAGCAGGACUGGAAAGUCCACAAGCACCGCUGCACUCCCGCGAGGAUUAGGGAGGACCCCAAGUAUGGGAGGUAUUUGGAAGCUACGAAGAAUAUAAGGGCAGGAGACAUAAUAUUGAACGAGUCACCUCUGAUAACAGGUCCUGCCCAGGUUACACCCCCAGUCUGUCUCGGAUGCUAUAAGCUCUUGGAAAAGGAAAAAGUCGUGUCCUGUGAAAAGUGCGGUUGGCCGUUCUGUAGCAAAGAAUGUACUGAAAAAGAAGUGCAUGUACCAGAAUGCUAUUUCACACAAAAUAGAGGAGAGAAGGUAACAAUAUCAACGUACGGCACACCGCACCCCAACUACCAGUGCAUCACGGUACUCCGCUGCCUCUACCAGCGGGACCACAACUCGAAGGUCUGGAGCAAGCUGCAGGCGCUGCAGUCGCACUGCGAGGAGAGACGCAACACGGACAAGUGGAACAACGAUCGGAAGAUGAUACUGGAGUUCAUUUGGAAGUUUUUCAAGUUGGAGACCGUGUUUAAUGAGGAUGAGAUUAUGAGGUGCUGCGGUGUAGUUCAGAUAAAUGGCCACGAAGUGCCACUCCUGGAACCAGAAUACGUGGCGGUGUUUGACAGGAUCUCCAUGGUUGAACAUAAUUGCCGCGCCAACUGUAAUAAGAGCUUCACAUCCAACGGAGAUAUUAUUCUAUGCGCUGGUUCGAACAUCCCCUCUGGGGCCCACAUCUCAGUGUGCUACACGGACCCGCUGUGGGGCACGGAGGCACGCCGCCACCACCUCGCCGACUCCAAAUUCUUUGAGUGCACGUGCGACCGCUGCUCUGAUGUCACUGAGUUCGGAACUAUGUACAGUGCUGUUAAGUGUAAGAAGAAGGAUUGCAGAGGCUAUCUCCUCCCAGAGACAUUCAUCCUUCCUAUCUUGCAUAAAACGAUCUCCCCGGAUCCAAAAACCCGUGGCUUGGACAACAAAUUCUGGAAGUGUUCGACCUGCGAUGACGCAGUUUCUGAUGCCAUCAUACAGCAGCUGUUGCAGGAUAUUGGCAAGGAGUUAAGCGCCAUGCCCAAGGGCGAUCCGGAUGCUUGUGAAAAAUUCAUCAGCCAUUGCAGCAGCUACCUGCACCCGUCUCACUACUAUAUGACGGAUGUGGGUCUCGCGCUCGCGCAGCUGGUGGGGCAGCAGGACGAGACGGGGCUCGCCGGGGUCUCGGACGAUCGGCUGCUGCUGAAGACACAGCUGUGCCAGAAGAUUGCCAAUUUGUUGGAGAUAUUGGCGCCAGCUGAAACUCGCUUGCGCGGGUCCCUGCUGUUCGAGCUGCACGCGGCGGUCGCGGAGACGGGCCGGAGGAAGUCCCUCGAGGAAGGACCCAUGGUUAUGCUGGGAUAUGUUACGGAGUCGCGCAAAAUCCUCGCUGAGUCAGCAAACCUUCUGCGUCACGAGCCUCCAGAGCUGCCCGAAGGCCAGGUAGCGCGGCAGGCCAGGAUCAACCUCAUACAAAUGGAUGAGCUGAUCAAGAAUCUGUCCAACUCCUUACCAUCACCCAUUUAAUCUGUGGUUAGAUCA